AUGGAUUUGGACCAGCAAUGCUACAAGGAUAGAUCUGAGACAGUUGAAGACGCAGAGAUAGCUCGUUUGAGGCAGCGAUGGACCAGCCCUUCGCGAUUUCCCUCAGAUCUUGAUCGCGUGCGAUAUACAACCCCGAUACUCGGACGUAACAAGAACCGCGAGCAGGAAAUGACAGCAGGCAGGACGAUAUGGGAAGAAAGAGAGUGA